UCAAUCAAUCUUUAAUUCAAUUUUAAUUUAAUAAUAUAAAUUAGUUUUUGGUAUAAAUAAUGAUACGUACAUUUCAUUAGAAUCUCUUAUUCGCAAUGUCAGUUAUUCAGUUAGAAAGUGAAAAACAUAAACAAUUUGGCAUGAACAGUUGGGCAUUGAUGCAAAUCGAUGACCUAAUGAAAUUAACUAUUGUUGAUCCGCACAUAGGUUUUCCAACUAGAAAAGUAAAUCCAUACAAUAAUUUCACUUCUGAAAAUAAAACAGCAGUAGAAAAAAUUAUUUCAACAAAAAAACCUUUAGAUAAAACAAGAUUGAAAGAUGUCGAGAAAGAACUAAACAUACUUUUGAAACCGCAGAAUCUCUACUAUAAUCUUAAUAUAAAAAUAACAAAUUAGGUUAAUGAACCAAUGAAAUUUUAUAUUGAAACCAUAUCUUCUGAAUCACCAGUGACUAUCAAUACAUGUAGUAGAUAUAAGACUGAAAAUAAUGGUGUUAGAAUUAUUGCUAGAACUAAUAUUAAAAAAUAUACAAAACUAAGCUAUCUGAAAGGUAUAUACAAACCUAUGGAUCCUGAACGAGAACAGUUACUAAAAGAGAGGAAUUUAAAUUUUUCUAUUAUUGAAAGUACAAGAAUGAAAUAUCCUGCUUUGAUCUUAGGAACUGUAGCUUUAUUAAACCAUGACUGCAAUCCUAACUGCAUGUACUCAAUAGUAACAAAAUAUUCAGUUAUAAUCGUUACAAUAAAAGAUAUAAAAAAAGGAGAAGAACUUUUCUGAUUUUAUGGUAAUAACUACUUUGGAUUUAAUAAUGAAGACUGAAUGCUUGACUUGCGAAAGAAAAGGACUUAGUUUCUUUUCAAAAUGUAAGGCAAAGUUUGAAGGCACCAAUCAUAAUGAUUACAAUUGGAAUAUUAAUUCUUCAAAUGGAUCUUUAUCUACCCAAAUUAUAUCUAAUUUCAACAAUAACAAAAUUGCUGUUCAAGAAUCCGCAACUAAAAUAACAUUAUUAAACGAUUCUGAUAGUAGUUUGAAUGGUAGCAAUAAUGUGUUUAGCGACUGUACCAUGAUUGAUAACAGCAACUUAUCUACUGAAAGACCAUGUAUGAGUUUCUCUUUACUCGAAGUUUCUGCAGAACAGAAGAAUUUUGGAAAAAUAAAAGUCUCAUGUGCAGUAGAUGAAUUCUCUGAUCUCUUUGAAGACUUUCAUGGCUUCUCUAAUUAUUUCAAACUUGAUUAAAAAAUGGACAAAGCAUAUGUUAAAAUUGAAAAAAUUAAUCCAAUGAUUGUUCAAUGGCAUACAGCAAAGAAAAAAGAAGGAUAUGCAUUUUGUAUAUAUUGUGAAACAUUCAAAACAAAAUUAUCUAGACAUUUGAGACUCGUUCAUAAUGAUAAAAUUAUUGUAGAAAAAUUUGUAAAUAACAAAACCAGCAAUCUCAGAAAUGUUGCGAUAGAUUUCAUACGCAACCAGGGUUAUGCACGGUAUAAUCACUUAACAGGAACAUUAAUUCCAAGAAUGAA